CUUCUCACAUCACCGUUGAAUUAAAAACGUUUGCUGAAUUUCGAGUGGGUGUAACAUUAGUUGGAAUUAUUGGCCUGAAGCAGAAAGAACUCUCAAAUAAAAAUUCAUUAGUACUGAAAUAAAAUGUGCAAAAUUUUUGUGCAUUUCGUGUGUGUACAAUUUCUGUUAUUAAAUUUUUAUGUCAUAAAUGUUCGUGGUCUGUGUUUGGCGACGGAACCGCCAACUUGUCUAACGGAUUUGGAAGAGGAGGACGCCAAAGAAAUUCUGGAUUAUGUGUUGAGCAAAUAUGAAGAAGUUGGCAUGAAAAUCACCGGCGAGCCAUUGGCGGUUCGUGGCAAGCGCAUAUCGUCCGGGGGCACUGAAGAAUUUCACAUUGUCUUCCACUACGUGGACAAUACUCCUGGUGAUGUUAUACAAAAUUGUGUUUUCAUUGUUGUGCAUAAUCCAAAUGCAUGCGAGACUAUAAGUACAGUGUGUAAUACAUUUUUACCUGUAACUCCUCGACCACUCCUAAAGCUCGAAGACUUAACCGUUUGCGAGGAUGGCGAAGAGCAAACAAGAUCUCGCGAAGAAACUGGAGAUGAGAAAACGGCAUAAAAACGACACACAUGGAGUUGCAAAAACUACAUACUCACCACUUUGUAUAUUAGAAAAUAGGUUUGCAGUUAUUAUUUAAGCAGUAUUAUGAAUAUAUUAAAAGCAGGUUAUUCAAAUAUUAUUCUACUCUAUUUAUUAACGCAAUUUUUUUUAAGAUAUAUGAAAACAUUAAAGUAUUGAAUUGUGAAAUUUAAACAA